AUGGCGACCAACAUCGAGCAGAUCUUUAGGUCUUUCGUAGUCAGCAAAUUCCGGGAAAUUCAGCAAGAGCUCUCCAGUGGAAGGAGUGAAGGCCAGCUCAAUGGUGAAACAAACACACCUACUGAAGGAAACCAGGCAGGUGACGCAGCUGCCUCUGCCCGGAGCCUGCCAAAUGAAGAAAUAGUCCAGAAGAUAGAGGAAGUGCUUUCUGGGGUCUUAGAUACAGAACUCCGCUGUAAGCCAGACUUGAAGGAGGCCUCCAGAAAAAGUAGAUGUGUGUCUGUACAAACAGACCCUACUGAUGAAGUUCCCACCAAAAAGUCAAAGAAACAUAAAAAGCACAAAAAUAAAAAGAAGAAAAAGAAGAAAGAAAAGGAAAAAAAGUAUAAAAGGCAGCCAGAAGAAUCUGAAUCAAAGCUGAAAUCACAUCAUGAAGAGAGCAUGGAUUUAGAAUCAGAUUCCUUUUCGAAGUUUGAUUUGGAGCCUUCAGCAGUGGCACUGGAGCACCCUGUGAGAGCCUUCGGGCUGUCUGAGAGCAGCGAAACUCCUGCAGCCGAGCCAGAGCCUCCUGUGGCGUCGGUGGAGGCAUCACAGCCACACACCUUAGCUACAGACACUGCAGCCCUGUCCGCUGCAUCUACAUCAGUGAUCUCUCUGCAGCCAGAACAGACCGUGGCGGCAAUGCCGGAACCACCCAUGACAAAGAUGCUGGAUGCUUUUUCCACAGCACCGGUGUCUACCACAACAGCAGUGCUAACGUCACCUGAGCCCGCUGUAACGAUGUCGGGGGAGUAUCAGAUGAAGUCCGUGCUGAGAUCUUGGGAGUGCACGUCUCCAGAGCCAUCAAAGACCGUAUUGGAGCCCCCAGUGGCAAAAGUGCCAGAGCCAUCAGAAACCCUUAGGGCAUCAGCACAGACAUCUGUGGAGGUACUCCCUGAGCCAAGCACAUCGACAGCAAUGGAUAUUCCAGAGUCUUCUGACACUGAGGACCUAGGAUUGCCAGAGCAGCCUGCGGAAGUACCACCGGAGCCCGCAGAGUCACCCAUGACAAGAGCACAGGAGCUGCCCAAGCCCACAGCGGCGGAGCUGCCGGAGUCGCCGGUGGCCUCAGCGAUGCAGUUGCCGGGGCCACCUGCGACCUCCACGCCGGAGUUGCAGGGGCCCCCUGUGACUCCCGGGCUGGAGUUACCUGGGCCCUCUGCCACCCCGGUGCCAGAGCUGCCAGGGCCCCCUUCUACCCCAGUGCCCGAGUUGCCAGGGCCCCCUGCGACAGCAGUGUCUGAGUUGCCGGGGCCUUCGGUGACAUCAGUGCCUCAGUUGUCGCAGGAAUUGCCGGGGCUUCCAGCACCAUCCAUGGAGUUGGAGCCAUCACAGGAGGUGCCAGAGCCACCUGUGAUGGCACAGGAGUUGCCAGUGCAGCCUGCGGUAGCAGUAGCAAUGGAGUUGACCGAGCAACCUGCGACGGCGGCAGAGUUGGAGCAGCCUGUGGGGAUGACAGCGAUGGAACAUCCUGGGCAGCCUGAGGUGACAACAGCAACAACGUUGCUGGGUCAGCCUGAGGCAGCCAUGGUGCUGGAGUUGCCAGGGCAACCAGUGGCAACGACAGCGCUGGAGUUGCCAGGGCAGCCUUCGGUGACUGGGGUGUCCGAGUUGCCAGGGCUGCCCUCGGCAACUAGGGCGCUGGAGUUGUCUGGGCAGCCUGUGGCAACUGGGGCCCUGGAGUUGCCUGGGCAGCUCAUGGCAGCUGGGGCACUGGAGUUCUCGGGGCAGGCUGGGGCAGCUGGAGCGCUGGAGCUUUUGGGGCAGCCCCUGGCAACGGGGGUUCUGGAGUUGCCAGGGCAGCCUGGGGCGCCAGAGUUGCCUGGGCAGCCUGCGGCAACUGUGGCGCUGGAGAUCUCUGUUCAGUCUGUGGUGACAACGGAGCUGUCAACGAUGACCGUGUCGCAGUCCCUGGAGGUGCCCUCGACGACAGCGCUGGAAUCCUACAAUACGGUAGCACAGGAGCUGCCUGCUACAUUAGUGGGGGAGACUUCUAUGACAGUAGGAGUGGAUCCCUUGAUGGCCCAAGAAUCCCAUAUGUUAGCGUCCAACACCAUGGAGACCCAUAUGUUAGCGUCCAACGCCAUGGACUCCCAGAUGCUAGCGUCCAACGCCAUGGACUCCCAGAUGUUAGCGUCCAGCUCCAUGGACUCCCAGAUGCUAGCGUCCAGCUCCAUGGACUCCCAGAUGCUAGCUUCCAGCUCCAUGGACUCCCAGAUGCUAGCUUCCAGCUCCAUGGACUCCCAGAUGCUAGCGUCCAGCUCCAUGGACUCCCAGAUGUUAGCGUCCAGCUCCAUGGACUCCCAGAUGUUAGCAACCAGCUCCAUGGACUCCCAGAUGCUAGCAUCCAGUUCCAUGGACUCUCAAAUGUUAGCAACCAGCUCCAUGGACUCCCAGAUGUUAGCAACUAGCUCCAUGGACUCCCAGAUGUUAGCCACCAGCACCAUGGACUCCCAGAUGUUAGCAACUAGCUCUAUGGAUUCUCAGAUGUUAGCAUCUGGCACUAUGGACUCUCAAAUGUUAGCUUCUGGCACCAUGGAUGCCCAGAUGUUAGCGUCUGGCACCAUGGAUGCCCAGAUGUUAGCAUCUAGUACCCAAGAUUCUUCUAUGAUGGACUCAAAAUCUCCUGACGCCUACAGAUUAGCUCAGGAUCCUUACAGGUUAGCUCAGGAUCCCUAUAGGUUAGGUCAUGACCCUUAUAGGGUAGGUCAUGAUGCAUAUAGAUUAGGGCAAGACGCUUAUAGAUUAGGCCAUGAUCCCUACAGACUAACUCCUGACCCCUAUAGGAUGUCACCUAGACCUUACAGAUUAUCACCCAGGUCCUAUAGGGCCGUUCCCAGACCUUACAGGUUAGCACCUAGACCCCUGAUGUUAGCAUCUAGACGUUCUAUGAUGAUGUCCUAUGCUGCAGAACGUUCUAUGAUGUCAUCUUAUGAACGCUCUAUGAUGUCAUCUUAUGAACGCUCUAUGAUGUCCCCUAUGGCUGAGCGCACCAUGAUGUCGGCUUAUGAGCGCUCUAUGAUGUCAGCCUAUGAGCGUUCUAUGAUGUCCCCUAUGGCCGAGCGCUCCAUGAUGUCAGCUUACGAGCGCUCUAUGAUGUCAGCUUAUGAGCGCUCCAUGAUGACUGAUCGAUCAAUGAUGGGUGACCGGUCUAUGAUGUCAUCUUACUCUGCUGCCGACCGGUCUAUGAUGUCAUCAUAUUCUGCAGCUGACCGAACUAUGAUGUCAUCUUACACUGAUCGUUCAAUGAUGUCGAUGGCAGCUGAUGCUUACACCGAUUCUUAUACUGAUACGUAUACAGAGGCAUACAUGGUGCCACCCUUGCCUCCUGAAGAGCCUCCAACAAUGCCACCGCUGCCACCUGAAGAGCCACCAAUGACUCCCCCAUUGCCUCCCGAGGAACCACCGGAGGGCACAGCAUUACCCACUGAGCAGUCAGCAUUAACAGCUGAAAAUUCUUGGCCUACUGAGGUGCCAACAUUACCUCCUGAAGAGUCUGUAUGCCUGCCUGAGCCGCCUGCGAGUCAAAGUGAGAUUUCUGAGCCUUCGGUAGUGCCUGCUCAUUAUUCAAUGUCAGCAUCAGAGCCUUCAAUGUCAGCAUCAGAGGCUGCCAUGACUGUCCCAGAGCCACCACUGGAGCCAGAGUCUGGGGGUGCAGCAACACCUAUGGGGACUGCUGCAGUAACAGAAGAGCAUGGAGUUCCAGAGAGACCAGGGACUUACAUGGUGUCUGAAACUACCAUGAUGUCAGCCGAACCAACUUUGUUAACAUCAGAGCCUUCUGCUGUGUCAGAGACUGCAGAAACCUUUGAUUCCAUGAGAGCUCCAGGACAUGUCACCACAGAGGUAUCAGUGUCCCUCCUGGAGCCCGCAGUAACUAUUCCAGAGCCAUCACAGAGUGCUCCAGAGCUGUCAGCCAUGGCCAUCUCAGAGUUCCCCUCCGUGGCUGCCCCGGAGCCCCCAUCCGUGGCUGCCCCGGACCCCCCAGCCGAGGCUGCCCCAGAGCCCUCAGCUGAGGUCCCCGAGCCCCUGGCGGGGACUCUCCCUGGGCCACUGGCCAUGGCUGUACUGGAGCCAUCACCUGAGGCUGUCGCAGAGCCCGUGGCCUUGGUGGAGCCAGAGCAUGUUACCAUUCCUGUGCCAGUGGUUUCUGCCCCAGAGCCUGUCCUGGAACCAGCAGUGUCCGUUCAGCCUAACAGUAAUUCAGAACCACCUGUUCCUGUCCAAGAAUCUGCGGUGACAGUUGCAGAGCCUGCUGUCACCGUCUCAGAGCAGACUCAAAUAAUACCAGCCGAGACGGCUUCAGAGUCUCCGUCUGCUUUGCUGAAGUCUGGUAAUAUAACAGGAAUGAACUUAAUAUCGACUUAUCAAGAUCUUACUCCAGAGUUUGGUGUGCAGGAGGCUUCCCUGCACUCAGAUGAAGAGCCGCCUGCGGAAGAGCACCUGAAGAAUGACCCUUGUGAAAGUGAACAUGGUGUGAGUGGAGACCUUGACGUAAACGAUCGUUUCAUUGCUAAAGAGGAGGAACGUGGCACCAUGUCCUCUGCCAGCACUGGUGCUGUUGGUGAAACUGGUGGAGAGAGAGUGCUGGCCGGCAGUGAGACUGAACAGUGCACAGUAUUGGACACCUGCCCUAGUGUUAGUGAGGCUGAUGGGGGAACGCUGUCCUCCGCCGGCCCUCUUGCUGUUGAGCCUGAUGCCCAGGGGGCUAGUGCGGGUGCUGACUUUGCCACGGCAUCUGCUCUCAGCUCCCUUAGUAAAUAUGAUGUUGAAACUACUCAAGACACUGAACAUGACAUGGUGAUUUCCACUAGCCCCAGCGGUGGCAGUGAGGCUGACAUAGAGGGACCUCUGCCUGCUAAAGACAUUCAUCUUGACUUGCCAUCUAAUAGCUUUAUUAGCAAUGAAGCAGAAAUGCCGCUGCCUGCAAAAGAGAGCGACCAGGCAUUCACAGUCGCUCUCAGCCCUAAAGAAAGUAGUGACGAUAAGGAGGCACCACUCCCUGCUAAAGAGCCAGGGUCCGACCCGGGAAUUCCCGCCAACAUUGAAGACAUCAACGAGGCAGACCUAGUGAGACCGCUACUUCCCAAGGACAUGGAGCGUCUCGCGAGCCUCCGAGCUGGUGUUGAAGGGCCUUUACUUGCGAGUGAAGCGGAGCGGGGCAAGGCCGCCGCCAGUCCAGCUGUGAGCGGUUUGCCCGAAAGAGCCUCGGAGUCCUCUUCGGAGGAAAAAGAUGAUUAUGAAAUUUUUGUGAAAGUUAAGGACACACAUGAAAAAAGCAAGAAAAAGAAUCGUGAUAAAGGUGAGAAAGAAAAGAAGAGAGACUCUUCGUUGAGAUCUCGAAGUAAGCGGUCCAAGUCUUCAGAACACAAGUCCCGCAAGCGAACCAGUGAGUCUCGUUCUAGGGCGAGGAAGAGGUCCAAGUCCAAGUCUCGUCGCUCUCAAACGCGUUCAAGGUCACGUUCAAGACGCAGGAGGAGGAGCAGCAGGUCAAGAUCCAAGUCUAGAGGAAGACGCUCCGUGUCAAAAGAGAAGCGCAAAAGGUCUCCGAAGCACAGAUCCAAGUCCAGGGAAAGAAAGAGAAAAAGAUCAAGCUCCAGGGAUAACCGGAAAAGCGGGAGAGCUCGGAGUCGAACCCCAAGCCGGCGGAGUCGGAGUCACACUCCGAGUCGGCGAAGAAGAUCUAGAUCUGGGGGGAGAAGGAGCUUUAGCAUCUCCCCGAGCCGGCGGAGCCGCACCCCGAGCCGGAGAAGCCGAACCCCGAGCCGGCGGAGCCGCACCCCGAGCCGGAGAAGCCGAACCCCAAGCCGGCGGAGCCGCACCCCGAGCCGGCGGAGCCGAACCCCGAGCCGGAGGAGCCGAACCCCGAGCCGGCGGAGAAGAUCACGGUCUGUGGUGAGAAGACGAAGCUUCAGCAUUUCCCCGGUCCGGCUGAGGCGGUCACGGACACCCCUGAGGCGAAGGUUUAGCAGAUCUCCCCUCCGCCGGAAACGGUCCCGGUCUUCGGAGAGAGGCAGAUCGCCCAAACGCCUGACCGAUCUGAAUAAAGCUCAGUUACUUGAAAUCGCCAAAGCCAACGCGGCUGCCAUGUGCGCGAAGGCCGGCGUCCCUUUGCCGCCGAACCUGAAGCCAGCACCGCCGCUCUCCCUGGAAGAGAAGGCGGCUAAGAAGUCCGGAGGAGCGACUAUCGAGGAGCUGACGGAGAAAUGCAAACAGAUUGCACAGAGUAAAGAAGAUGAUGAUGUGAUAGUGAAUAAGCCUCAUGUUUCGGAUGAAGAGGACGAAGAGCCGCCUUUUUAUCAUCACCCCUUUAAGCUCAGUGAACCCAAACCCAUUUUUUUCAACCUGAAUAUUGCUGCAGCGAAGCCCACUCCUCCAAAGAGCCAGGUCACGCUAACAAAAGAGUUUCCGGUGUCGUCCGGAUCCCAGCACCGGAAGAAGGAAGCAGACAGCGUGUACGGAGAGUGGGUGCCGGUGGACAAGAACGGGGAGGAGAAGAAAGAGGACGACAAUGUUUUCAGCAGCACUCUGCCCUCGGAGCCUGUGGACAUCUCUACAGCAAUGAGUGAGCGGGCACUUGCUCAGAAAAGACUAAGUGAGAAUGCAUUUGACCUUGAAGCCAUGAGCAUGUUAAAUCGAGCUCAGGAACGGAUCGAUGCCUGGGCUCAGCUGAACUCUAUUCCUGGCCAGUUCACAGGAAGUACGGGGGUACAGGUCCUGACACAAGAACAGUUGGCCAAUACCGGAGCCCAAGCCUGGAUUAAAAAGGAUCAAUUCUUAAGAGCAGCCCCAGUAACUGGAGGAAUGGGAGCCGUUUUGAUGAGAAAAAUGGGCUGGAGAGAAGGAGAAGGACUAGGAAAGAACAAAGAAGGAAAUAAGGAACCUAUCCUAGUUGAUUUCAAGACUGACCGAAAAGGUCUUGUGGCUGUAGGAGAAAGAGCCCAGAAGAGGUCUGGAAACUUCUCUGCUGCAAUGAAAGAUCUGUCAGGCAAACACCCUGUGUCUGCCUUGAUGGAAAUCUGUAAUAAGAGAAGGUGGCAACGACCUGAAUUUCUCUUGAUCCAUGAUAGUGGCCCUGAUCAUCGCAAGCAUUUCCUCUUUAGGGUAUUGAGAAAUGGAAGCCCUUACCAGCCCAAUUGUAUGUUUUUCUUGAAUAGGUAUUGA